CUUCAGGAACCGGAACCCGAGAUUUCGAGAAGGACUAGCUAAGAAAAAUGGCAGUUGAUAGGAAAGUGUCGUUUUUUAGACACUCUUGCACUGGUGUUUGUAAUAUAUUUGUACUGUUGUGGUUGUUGUAUUGUUUGUCGGCACACGCAGAUAUAACAAACGGCAAUGCUGAACACUUAAAGCGGGAGCAUUCACUCAUAAAACCAUAUCAAGGGGUUGGAGCAGGGUCUUCAAGUCAAUGGGAUUUUUGGGGGAGCACAUUAGUUACAAGCCAAUAUGUACGCCUAACUCCUGAUGAACAUAGCAAGCAAGGUUCUAUUUGGAAUACAGUGCCCUGUUAUUUGAAAGACUGGGAGAUGCAUGUGCAAUUCAAAAUUCACGGCUCGGGAAAGAAGAAUCUGCAUGGGGAUGGCAUUGCAAUUUGGUAUACAAAAGAGCGAUUACAACCUGGACCAGUCUUUGGAAACCGAGAACAUUUUGUUGGCCUGGCUAUUUUUGUGGAUACUUUUCGCAAUGAUGUCCACGGCUCAGAUCGUUCCUUUCCCUAUGUUUCUGCAAUGGUGAGUAAUGGCUCUCUGGCUUACGAUCAUGGAAAAGAUGGCCGCUCUACAGAACUGGGAGGCUGCUCGGCCGAAGUCAGAAACAAAGACCAUGACACCUAUCUUGCUAUUCGAUACUCUAAAGGAAGACUCACCAUCAUGGUUGAUGUCGAUGACAAGAACGAGUGGAAAGAGUGUAUUGACAUCGGGGGUGUCCGACUUCCUACAGGCUACUACUUCGGAGCAUCUGCAGCCACAGGAGAUCUUUCUGACAGCCAUGAUAUCAUCUCUAUGAAAAUGUACCAGCUGAUGGUAGAACACACACCGGAAGAGGACAGUCAAGACUGGACUAAGAUUGAGCCGAGUGUCAGUCUACUUAAGUCCCCCAAAGACAAUAUUGAUGAUCCAACGGGAAACUUCCGGAGCACUCCUCUUACUGGCUGGAAGGUCUUCCUGCUCCUUCUGUGCUCUCUGCUUGGCAUUGUUGUUUGUGCUGUUGUGGGAGCCGUUGUCUUUCAGAAACGACAGGAGAGGAACAAGAGGUUUUACUGAAACCAAAUCUGAGCAGGACAGUUUCUACAAAUGCUAAAGAACACUGAUUGAUGACAAAUGUGAAUUUGUUUGUGGUUGUACAAAUGCUCAUAUCGUUGAAGUGAACAAUUAAAAGAGAAAGAUGCAUACUAUCUUCUGAAGGGGGGGCUGUUAGCUUUAAUGAUCAAAUUGACAUUUCAAAAGUACAGAUAAAAGGUAAAUGUACCAGCUGCGUUUGAUCUGUUUAAGUAGGUCUGUGUGCUAGAAGAUGGGACUGAUUGUACUUGGUUUCUGUUGGUCCUUGUUUGUUUUGCACUGUUUUCUAUGUACGAGACAGACAUCCAGCUUUUAGUGCCGUUUGGUUUAAAACCAGAAAUAUCCACUGUUAAAGCAACAGUUCUUGUUUUUUAUGUGUUCAUGAGCUCUUUACACAUUUUUGAUGGUGGAGUCUUGAAGGGGAAGUAAAAUGUGCUAUGGGGUGAACAGGGAUGUCAGUCAGUUUCUGGUUCAAGAAAUGCUGAUCUGGGAACUACUGCUUUUAUGUCAGAACACAAAACUUAACAGCAAGAUGUUCCCCUUAAUGAUUUUAUAAUUGGUGUGCUAAUUAUGCUUUUGCAUAAUCACUAGGUAAAUGAGACUUUAUCUAUAUAAAGCCUCUUUGAGAUAUUCAUUUUUUAAUAUGUUUUUUAAUGGUUAAAGGAAAAUGUUAUUGAGAACCAGCAUUGUUUUAUUUUUGUUUUAUUUUUGUUUUAGAUAGAAGCAAAUGCCGUUGACUGCACACAGUAUUGCUGGAUGUAAUGAAAGUGCUUGAUUACAGUGCAGUCUGGAAAAGCAGAAAAAAUGCCAAGUGAAUAAUUUUAGUUCGUCCAAAAAUGAAACGUCUAUAUUUUCUUUCCAUUAUGAGGAUUGCCUUUUUACUUUUUCAUUUUUUAUGCAUUUGUUGCUAUCAAGGAUACUUUUGGCUACCAAUUUAUCAUCUUAUUUUUGUUGAGCAAUACCAAUGUGCAGAGAAGGAAACGUGUUUCUGCCUUCAUUAAGCAGCUAAGUCUUAAAUUAUCCAUAUGCCAUACAGAGCUAAACCAAUAAAUUAACAUUAUUUAAUAUUUGCGACAUUCUAUUUUUAUGUUAGUAAUAUUAGCCUUGUACCUUUAUUGCAAAACUACAAGCAGCACAUUGGAACACCAAUUGUUUUCAUUUCAUAGACAACAUAAAGAACAAACUUAGUCCCAUGUAAUUAAAGUUUUAUUACCCGUUUUCAAGAAGCCUACCCCUAUAUGAAGUUUUGUGAAUGUACUGCAGUAACGAGGUUUUUUUUUUUUUGUUGGGUACAGAUUAAAAUUGCACUGAUGUUCUGUACCACUAAGUCUGUUUUCGGUUAAACAGAUGGGUUGUACCUGUACAAGACUGGUUGGUGAAUAAAGCAGUUCUUCCACUGAAA